AUGCCCGUUGGCGGCGCUGCCCCUGCAGCUGGGCGCCCCCGCGGGCGCCGCCGCCUCAGCGGGCGGGCGAUUCUGCCCGUGAGGCAACGUCCGCAGGCGGUGCUGCCUCGCCGGGCGGUCGCCCCUGCAGGGUUUUGCUCGCGGGAGCAGCGGCCACAAGCGCUGCUGCCCUGCGGCGCGUCACCACGCGAGAGCUGCAACCGUAGGCGCCACUGCCCUUGCGGCUGCUACUGCAGGCUACCCGCCUGCACGCAGAUGGCAGUAGCAUUCUUGUUCGCUGCCGUUCUCGUUGCGUUGGCCUUGGCAAUGGGCACGAGCAUUCCCAUCACUGGAGAUGACAUCGCGUCGGAGGAGAAGCUCUGGGACUUGUACGUGAGGUGGCAGAGCCACCAUGGCGUGUCACGCAGCGUCGACGAGAAGCGCAUCCGCUUUGAUGUUUUUAAAGAGAACGCUAACUACGUGUUCGCGUCCAACAAGAAAGCCAAGCCUUACAAGCUUAGCCUCAACAAGUUCGGCGAUACGGCGAGGGAGGAGUUCAAGAGGACGUACGCAGGGACGAGGAUUCGUCGCCGCAGCACUCUCAGAGGAAGCGCGAACCUCAAAGGGUACUUCUUAUACAAGAACGUCACCAAUGUAACUCCCACCGUCGACUGGAGGCAGAAGGGUGCCGUCACUGCUAUCAAAGACCAAGGCAAAUGCGGAAGUUGCUGGGCCUUCUCGACAGUAGUUUCGGUGGAGGGAAUAAACCAGAUCAAUACCAACGAGCUUAUCUCCUUGUCAGAGCAACAACUGGUGGAUUGCGACACCAACACCAACAAAGGGUGCGAUGGAGGUAUGAUGGAUGAUGCAUUCGAUUUCAUCGAAAGAAAUGGAGGGAUCACAACAGAGGAAAACUAUCCUUAUGUAGCUCGACAAGAACAAUGCAAAGUAAAAAGAGAGAGAUCUCCUGCGGUUGUGAUCGAUGGAUAUGAGGACGUUCCCGUCAACGACGAGGAUGCGUUGCUGAGAGCAGUGGCGAACCAACCUGUAUCAGUAGCAAUCGAAGCAAGCGGUCAGGACUUCCAGUUCUACUCCGAGGCUGUCUUCACAGGGAGCUGUGGAACAGAGUUGGAUCAUGGAGUGGCCAACGUAGGCUAUGGGACAUCUAAGGAUGGGAUGAAGUACUGGAUAGUGAAGAACUCGUGGGGACCAGAGUGGGGGGAAGAGGGCUACACCAGAGUACAAAAGGGUAGUAGGAACAAUAAUAUUGGCACAUUUCUAAAGACAGAUUUUGAUCUCAAGACCUUGAGGAGAUCUGACAAUGUUUUCACUCUGCGGGUUGGUAUUGGGGAGCAAAUCGGUGGCCUGAGAAUGGUGCUCGAGCGAAGUGCACCCAUGCCCCGCCAGGUCAUGCCACCAUUUCCUAAGCCUGAUUCCCUAUCGUUGGACUCGGUCGAUGACUCAUUCAGGGCCCAACUCUUUAUGGUGAAUUGUCACCUAUAUGAGUUCCAACAUGAAUUCCACAAGUCAUGGGGCGAGGCCAGGGAAAUCCAAGAUAAGCCCGUGCCACUCAACUUUCGACUUCCAGCACUAGAGACGUACGACGACAGUUCCGACCCAAUGAAACACGUUGUCGCAUUCCGAGCUCAGAUGGCCCUUUACGACACUUUCGACGCCCUGAUGUGUAAGGCAUUCCCUACUACCUUCAGGAGACCAACACGGAUGUGGUUCAGCCGACUGCAGCUAACCUCGAUCUUGUCUUUUGACCAGCUUGCAAGAGAGUUCAAAUAA